AUAUUCUGUAAGAAAAAAUAAAUAUUUAUAUGUCUACCAUUAAUUUGUAGCGAUUCACACUUACAUAGGAGCUGUUUCACAAUUUGAUAGCUGCAUAAGAUGCCAUUGCAAUUGGACAACUGUCAAUAUCGAUUGUCUUUGUUGUAGACCAAGAUCGUGUGGAAGGUUUUGGGCAGAGCUUAUUGAGCAUGGAGAAUCUUGAUAGAUCAUCCCCAGAAUUAUGGCCCGAGAAAAUUCCAGGCAUGACUGAAUUCAUUAGCAGCUUCCAAACAACACCCCAAAGUACUACAAAACCACCUUAUUCCAAAGAAUUGAGUCAGGAGGAUCAAAAUUAUAUGCACCAGUUAGCCUCACUAUCAACAUCAGGAUUGAUAGGAAAAGUCAAAGAAUUGCAUGAUAUUGCCUACCAGCUGGGGGUAGAAGAAUCAAAAGAGUUAACUAGGGGGAAGUAUCUCAAUUUGUUUAAUACUAGUAGAAAGAGCAAAUAGUAUACCUAUAAAUUAUAUUUUGGUGGAAAAAGUACUUAUAUUAAGUACAUUCUUGUAUAUUUGUUCAUUUAUACAACUAAUAUGCAUAUAUUUUGUACAUAGAUCUAUAAUAAAGUCAAUGACCAGUAAGCA